GUGCGACAGUCGCCGACCGAGCCGCCGGCGCCUGCGGGUCUGAGCGGCUGGCGCCGCCGGGAGCGCGAUGCCUUGAACUUGGGAAACUAUGUGAAGCAACACUCUUUCUGGAUUCUGAAAGACGUCAUUUCAUCAUGGGACAGCAAAUUUCAGAUCAAACCCAAUUGGUUAUUAGCAAGUUACCAGAAAAAGUAGCAAAGCACGUCACGCUGGUUCGAGAAAGUGGCUCAUUAACAUAUGAAGAAUUUCUUGGGAGAGUAGCUGAACUUAAUGAUGUAACUGCUAAAGUGGCUUCUGGCCAGGAGAAACAUCUUCUCUUUGAGGUACAACCUGGAUCUGAUUCCUCUGCCUUUUGGAAAGUGGUUGUACGGGUAGUGUGUACCAAGAUUAACAAAAGUAGUGGCAUUGUGGAAGCAUCGCGCAUCAUGAAUUUGUACCAGUUCCUUCAGCUUUAUAAAGACAUCACAAGUCAAGCAGCAGGUGUAUUGGCCCAAAGUGCCACUUCUGAAGAACCUGAGGAAAACGCAUCCUCUGUAACAUCUUGUCAGGCCAGUCUUUGGAUGGGAAGGGUGAAGCAGCUGACUGAUGAGGAGGAGUGCUGUAUCUGCAUGGAUGGCCGGGCUGACCUCAUCCUGCCUUGUGCACACAGCUUUUGUCAGAAGUGUAUUGAUAAAUGGAGUGACCGACACAGGAAUUGCCCUAUCUGUCGCCUGCAGAUGACUGGAGCAAAUGAGUCUUGGGUAGUAUCAGACGCACCUACUGAAGAUGACAUGGCUAACUACAUACUAAACAUGGCUGAUGAGGCCGGCCAGCCCCAUCGGCCAUGACCUGGGGAGAAGAUCUGCCGCUGCCGUUGUGGGCUACACCUGCUUUGGUCGUGGAGGAAGACUAUUGUGACACAGAUACAGCAAAAUACAUUUCCCCACCUUCUUAUUUUUGCUAUUCUCACAAUAUGUCCCAUGUUUUUUAUAAACGCUCCAUGUCUUCCAUUAUUCAAGCUAAAAUUUAUUACUGUUUUAGGCCCUAUUUCCCUAUUUAUUUGUUCUAAAGUGUAUUAGAACGAAUUGCUCUUGAAUCCUCUGCUAGCAAGUAAUAGCAGUAUUUCCAGGGGCUUUGAACACACUCUUUCAGGGCAAGAGUAUUCUGGAAUUUUUAGGUUUAAAAUAAACCUUGGAAUUAAAAUUUUUAUGAGAAAAUGUUAAAUAACAAAAUGGACCACAACAAAGUACGUGUUACUUAAAAUUUUAUCUUUCUGCUGGACUCUAAGGAGUACGUAUGCCCCCUUGUGGUUAAUUAUUACUUCACUCAUUUUUACUUGAAUGAUCUAUUCAGUUAACUCAUGGCUUCAGCAGUGUGUUUUGGAGCUACCUAUUUUCACUUCAAAAGGUGGUGAUGGUGGUUUUUGCCCUGUGGUGUGAACGGGGCGAGUACAGUCGAGCCGGGCAGGACUGCCUUGUAAGCUCCUCGCUGCUCUGGGAGUGUCCCUACAGCUGGGCCACCAUUCUCAGUGGCUUCUGAGGAUGCUCACACAUUGUGGAGUUUCACAAGGAAAUUUUCCCUCAUCACAAACAUUAAGUUUUACAUUCAAAGUCAUUCACAAUAUUGGUUUGUGGCACUUGUAUUUUCUCAAUUUGAAGGUGUGUUUGAGUUUUCCUAGUCCUCAAAUUUCAUAGAUUGAGAGGAGAAAAUAAGUGAGGCUUUUCUUUUACCAUAUACUAUAAAACACCUCUGAAAAUUACAAAUGUGGCUUUAUUACUGUUUCACUGUACUACUUUGAAAGUCUCUGAAAAAAAUAUAUAUCAUCUGCAGUAGCACAUCAACCAUUUUUAAAAAUUUUUGUCUAUUAAGUGAAAUUCUUAACAUCAGCGUUUAAGUAUAUAAUAAAACUAGGGACUGACAUCUCCUUUUAACUUUCCAUGUAACUUCCCUGACCUCCUGCUGAUAACUUACAAAUAUUAUUUUCCUAAAUACCCAGGGAUACAGUUUAAAUCACUGCUUAUGAGUUUUUAAAUGCUAGACUUUUAAUAGGUCUGCAAAUAAAACCCAUUUCAAAGAAAAAUAUCUGUAUAAAGGUAGCUUAGUUUUGCUCCCGAAAUAGUGAAGAUUAACCCAUAACAUUCAUGAUGAAGACCGCUAAGCACCAAAUGGUUAAGUGCUCACUAUGGAUAUUGAUGUCAUACCAACCUAACAAUGCACUUGUUGGCUGUGUGGAAGGUAAUUUGGAAACCUUGGGAGAGAGGAUCCUCUGAGACCUUUUCUAGCUCUAGGAUCUUCAGUUAUCAUUUGGAAAUAGACCUGCUGAGUUUAAUUCAGAUCACCUAACUUGAAAAUGCUCUUGAAAAUGCACAAAGUUCCUUUACAGGUUUUUGGAUCUUUCCAGAUACAGCAAAGGAUUUUAUCCCUCAGAAUCAUUCAUCUGUCAAGGAAUUGACAAGUGACUUGAUCUUGCCCGGCCUUCUUCACUUUACAAUAUGAACUCCAAGAUACUAACUGAUCUACUGUGAAAUAAAAGUGUUUUUCUUAGCCUUAUCAAAGAAAUGAGCACAGUUCUCUCUCACUCCAUUAAACUGGGUGGUAAUUCUUAGAUGUGAAUAUUGGGCAGGUUCUACUGUAAUAACUAAUGGUGAAAGUUGUAAAUUUGUUUCAUGGAUGAAAUGUGCACUCUUUGUAUUCUGUAAAGCUUUGUCUUUUUAAAAUCUGAAGUAUUUAAAUGCACUUACUAUGAUAGGAGAUAUAAUGUGUGCCUUCUAGGAUUUGUGAAAUAGUCUCAUGAAAUCUAAGGAAUUCGUUUUAUAGGUGAUAAAGUUUUUUUUCCUAACUCAAUAGUAAAGAGUUUACUUGUAGUAUAAUGCUGCAAAACUGUAGCUUGGGAAAAUGAGUUUGUUAUGUACUGAAUUUAGAGGUUGAGAAUAUUAGUUUGGUUUUAUUCUUAGGACAAACUGAUAAAUUGUGCAAUAACUAAUCUUUAGCAAGUAGAUUUUAGCUAAUUGAAGAUUUUUUUUCUUACCAUGUAAUUUCACAUUCUUACAUACUAAAUGUUUAUAAUCCUUAGAGGACUAUUUUAUAUUGUGCUCUGGGGAGUUGUGAUGUUUAUGUGUGCUAUGUAAAAUUCAUUUCAAAUUGUAUGUGAUUCCCUAUAUUUAAUAUCUAUUCAGAUAAUUAAGUUGCUUGAAAAUAUCUUUUGGUUCAGCAAUUUUUUAACAUCGGGAAAGUUGGGUUCAUUAAAAGGCAUUUCAAUUUGCAUUUUCAAUUUUUUUCUUAAGCUUACUUCAUCUAGGAAUUAGAAAACUACUUGGAGAUUAGAGAAAUCAGUUGAUCACCCACAUUUAUGAUGGCAAACCUGGUAAUAUAAGUAGCUAACAGCAGACUCUUGUUUUCAUGUCUUUUUACCCUAUUGGACAGUAAAAAUAGUCAGUAAAAUACUCCACCCCUGAGAAAUUUUACAAGGCAGAAAUCAAACUACCUAAGAUACAUCAGUGUGAUUAGAGAGGCAUCUUAGAACUGAGAAGAGGAAAGACAAAAGAGAAAGUUGGCAGUUUAUAGUUACAUUUACUGAUGCAUAUCAUCAUCAUACUAUGGGAAAAUAGGCAUUGUGGUAUCAAGACAGAAAAGCCUCCUCAGAGGUUUUGAUAAUCUUGCAGCUGUUUAUAUUCUAGUCUUGCUCUCGGUCAUCUUCCAAGUUACAAAUAAGACAUUUCUUUAGAGGUUGGAGGUGCAGAAAUUUUCUAGGAACUAUUUGUAUGAUUCGUGUUCUCUUACUGGAGUUAAAACAGAGUUCAGGUAGGGAGUAUUUAGGCAUACUGCCAACAUACCACCUUCCUUUGUGUCUGCAGACCCAGAGAGAAAGGAAUGCUCUUUCCACAACACAGCACUCAGGAGCACCUGAAGAGAGAAGAGGAUGUGCUUGAACCCUGCUUUGAGCCAAGGGAAAGGGCCCAAGGGGGCCUUGAGAACUGCCAACCCAGGAGCUGGGAUUAGCAUUCACAAGGGAAAGAGCAGUGAGGAACAGCAUUUCAAAGAUACAAGGUGAAGUUACACAUGAACUUGAUCCUUUAGGUAAGGGAUAUUAUCCCUUAGAAAAACCGUCCCUU